GCCCACUAAAGGCCGGAUGCGUAUCCACUGUCUGGAGAAUGUGGACAAAGCUCUGCAGUUCCUGAAGGAGCAGCGUGUUCACCUGGAGAACAUGGGCUCGCACGACAUCGUGGACGGAAACCACCGCCUGACGCUCGGCCUCAUCUGGACCAUCAUCCUCCGCUUCCAGAUCCAGGACAUCAGUGUGGAGACUGAAGACAACAAAGAGAAGAGAUCUGCUAAAGACGCUCUGCUGCUCUGGUGUCAGAUGAAGACAGCCGGGUAUUCCAACGUGAACAUCCGCAACUUCAGCACCAGCUGGAGAGACGGGUUGGCCUUCAACGCCCUCAUCCACAAACACAGGCCCGAUCUGAUCGACUUUGACAAACUGAAGAAGUCCAACGCUCACCACAACCUGCAGAACGCGUUCAACCUGGCGGAGCAACACCUGGGCCUCACCAAGCUGCUCGACCCCGAGGACAUCAGCGUCGACCAUCCGGAUGAGAAGUCUGUGAUCACCUACGUGGUCACGUACUAUCACUACUUCUCCAAGAUGAAGGCCCUGAAGGUGGAGGGCAAACGCAUCGGGAAGGUGUUGGACAACGCCAUCGAGACGGAGAAGAUGGUGGAGAAGUAUGAGUCUCUGGCCUCAGACCUGCUGGAGUGGAUCGAGCAGACCAUCAUCAUCCUCAACAACAGGAAGUUCGCCAACGCCCUGCUGGGAGUCCAGCAGCAGCUGCAGGCCUUCAACACCUACAGGACCGUGGAGAAGCCUCCAAAGUUCACAGAGAAGGGGAACCUGGAGGUUCUUCUGUUCACCAUCCAGAGCAAGAUGAGAGCCAACAACCAGAAGGUCUACAUGCCCCGCGAGGGCAAACUCAUCUCAGACAUCAACAAGGCAUGGGAGCGGCUGGAGAAGGCGGAGCACGAGCGGGAGCUGGCUCUGAGGACGGAGCUGAUUCGUCAGGAGAAACUGGAACAACUGGCCCGACGCUUCGACCGCAAGGCGGCCAUGAGAGAGACAUGGCUCAGCGAGAACCAGAGGCUGGUGUCACAGGAUAACUUUGGCUUCGACCUGCAGGCCGUGGAGGCGGCCACCAAGAAGCACGAGGCCAUCGAGACGGACAUCACGGCAUACGAGGAGCGAGUCCAGGCCGUGCUCUCUGUGGCGAAGGAGCUGGAGGUUGAGCAUUACCACGACAUAAAACGCAUCACGGCCCGGAAGGACAACGUGAUCCGGCUGUGGGAGUAUCUGCUGGAGCUGCUGAAGGCCCGCCGGCAGCGGCUGGAGAUGAACCUCGGCCUGCAGAGAGUCUUCCAGGAGAUGCUCUACAUCAUGGACUGGAUGGACGAGAUGAAGAUGUUGCUGCUGUCCCAGGACUAUGGGAAGCAUCUGUUAGGUGUGGAGGACCUGCUGCAGAAACACGCUCUGGUGGAGGCCGACAUAGCCAUCCAGGCCGACCGUGUGAAGGCCGUCAGCACCAACGCCACCAAGUACUCCGUCAAUGACGACGGCUACAAGCCGUGUGACCCUCAGGUCAUCGAGGAUCGAGUCUCCCACCUGGAGUUCUGCUACCAGGAGUUGACGCAGCUCGCUGCUGAGCGCCGCGCCCGCCUGGAGGAGUCCCGCCGACUCUGGAAGUUCUUCUGGGAGAUGGCGGAGGAGGAGGGCUGGAUCCGUGAGAAGGAGCAGAUCCUGUCGUCCGUGGAGCACGGGAAGGACCUGACGGGGGCACUGCGCCUGCUCAGCCAGCAGCGCGCCCUGGAGGAUGAGAUGAGCGGCCGCGCCGGCCACCUCAAGAACAGCAUCGCAGAGGGCGAGGCCAUGGUGCAUGCCGACCACUUCGCCGCCACCAAGAUCCAGGAGCGAAUCGCUGACCUGCAGGCUCAGUGGGUGGCUCUGGAGCGGCUGGCGGCAGCGAGGAAGAAGAAGCUGGAGGAGGCUCUGGCGCUGCAUCAGUUUCAGACGGACGCAGACGAUGUGGACGCCUGGACGCUGGACGCCUUGCGCAUCGUCUCCAGCGGAGAGACGGGCCACGACGAAUUCUCCACGCAGGCUCUCGUCAGGAAGCACAAGGACGCGGCGGCGGAGGUGGCCAGCUACCGGACAGUCAUCGACUUGCUCCACGAGCAGGCCGGCGCACUUCCCGAAGAGGAGGCGGAGUCAGAGGAGGUGCGUGGACGUCUCGUGGGCAUCGAGGAGCGCUACAGGGAGGUGUCGGAGCUGACGAAGCUGAGGAAGCAGGCGCUGCAGGACGCUCUGGCACGCUACAAGAUGUUCAGCGAGGCCAACGCCUGCGAGGUGUGGAUCGACGAGAAGGAGCAGUGGCUGAACUGCAUGGAGAUCCCCGAGAAGCUGGAGGACCUGGAGGUCGUCCAGCACCGCUUUGAGAGUCUGGAGCCGGAGAUGAACAACCAGGCGUCUCGCGUGGCCGUGGUCAACCAGAUCGCCCGGCAGCUGAUGCACAACGGUCACCCGAGCGAGAAGGACAUCAAGACCCAGCAGGACAAACUCAACAACAGGUGGAGUCAGUUCAGAGAUCUGGUGGAUCAGAAGAAAGAGUCGCUGCACUCGGCUCUCGGCGUGCAGAACUACCACCUCGAAUGCAACGAGACCAAGUCCUGGAUCAAGGAGAAGACCAAGGUCAUCGAGUCCACCCAGGAGCUGGGCAACGACCUCACUGGAGUCAUGGCCCUGCAGCGCAAACUGACCGGCAUGGAGCGCGACCUCGCAGCCAUCGAGGACAAGCUGGGCGACCUGCGCGGCGAGGCCGAGCGGCUCGCGGAGGAACACCCCGACCAGGCCAAGCCCAUCACGGGCCGGCUGGCUGAGAUCACGGCCGUCUGGGAGGAGAUGAAGAACACGCUGAAGAACCGCGAGGAGUCGCUGGGCGAGGCCAGGAAGCUGCAGCAGUUCCUGCGCGAGCUGGACGACUUCCAGUCCUGGCUGUCCCGCACUCAGACCGCCAUCGCCUCCGAGGACAUGCCCAACACGCUGACCGAGGCCGAGAAGCUAAUGGCCCAGCACGAAGGCAUCAAGAGCGAGAUCCAGAACUAUGAGGAGGACUACCAGAAGAUGCGGGACAUGGGCGAGAUGGUGACACAGGGCCAGACGGACGCGCAGUACAUGUUCCUGCGGCAGCGGCUGCAGGCGCUCGACACCGGCUGGAACGAGCUGCACAAGAUGUGGGAGAACCGGCAGAACCUGCUGACCCAGUCGCACGCCUAUCAGCUGUUCCUCAGGGACACCAAGCAGACCGAGGCCUUCCUCAACAACCAGGAGUACGUGCUGGCUCACACCGAGAUGCCCACCACCCUCGAGGGUGCCGAGGCCGCCAUCAAGAAGCAGGAGGACUUCAUGACCACCAUGGACGCCAACGAAGACAAGAUCAACGGCGUGGUGGAGGCCGGCAGGCGGCUGGCAAGCGACGGAAACAUCAACGCCGAGCGUAUCCUGGAGAGAGUCUCCUCCAUCGACGACCGGCACAAGAAGAACCGAGAGGCUGCGGUGGAGCUGCUGAUGAGGCUGAAGGACAACAGAGAUCUGCAGAAGUUCCUGCAGGACUGUCAAGAGCUGUCUCUGUGGAUCAACGAGAAGAUGCUCACCGCUCAGGACUUGACGUACGACGAGGCCAGAAACCUGCACAGCAAGUGGCUGAAGCAUCAGGCCUUCAUGGCCGAGCUGCAGUCCAACAAGGAGUGGCUGGACAAGAUCCAGAAGGACGGCACGCUGCUGGUGUCGGAGAAGCCGGAGACGGAGGCGGUGGUGAAGGAGAAGCUGUCGGCUCUGCACGCCAUGUGGGAGGAGCUGGAGUCCACCACGCAGACUAAAGCUCAGUGUCUGUUCGACGCCAACAAGGCCGAGCUCUUCACGCAGAGCUGCGCCGACCUGGACAAGUGGAUGGGAGGCCUCGAGGGUCAAAUCCAGUCUGACGACUACGGCAAAGACCUGACCUCCGUCAACAUCCUGCUCAAAAAACAACAGAUGCUGGAGAACCAGGUGGAGGUGCGUCAGCGGGAGGUGGUGGAGCUGCAGAGCCAGGUGAAGGCUCUGGGUCAGGAGGUGAAGGACACGGAGGAGGUGGACGGGCGGAGGCAGCUGGUGGAGAAUAAGUUUCAGGACCUGCUGGAGCCGCUGCGCCGCCGCAGGAACUUCCUGGUGGAGUCCAGAGAAGGUCACCAGUUCAACCGAGACGUGGAGGACGAGAUCCUGUGGGUCCAGGAGAGGAUGGCUGUGGCCACAUCCUGUGACCACGGACACAACCUGCAGACCGUCCAGCUGCUCAUCAAGAAGAACCAGACUCUGCAGAAGGAGGUUCAGGGUCAUCAGCCUCGUAUCGACGACAUCCUGGAGCGCAGUCAGAGCCUGCUGAAGGACGAGUCCUCCAACGCAGACAUGAUCUGCCGCCGCCUGGCGGCCCUGCAGGAGCUAUGGAGGCAGCUGAUGGAGGAGGCGGAGCGCCGCCACGGCCGGCUGGAGGAGGCGCACGAAGCGCAGCAGUACUACUUCGACGCCGCCGAGGCCGAGGCCUGGAUGAGCGAGCAGGAGCUGUACAUGAUGUCUGAGGAGAAAGCCAAGGACGAGCUGAGCGCCGUCACCAUGCAGAAGAAGCAUCAGAUCGUGGAGCAGGCGGUGGAGGACUACGCCGAGACCGUGCACCUGCUCUCCAAGACCAGCCGCGGACUGGUGGCCGACGGACAUCCGGAGAGUGAGCGGAUCAGCAUGCGUCAGUCUCAGGUGGAUAAACUGUACGCGGGCCUGAAGGACUUGUCUGAGGAGAGGCGGGGCAAACUGGACGAGAGGCUCCGCCUCUUUCAGCUGAACCGCGAGGUGGACGACCUCGAGCAGUGGAUCGCCGAGCGGGAGGUGGUGGCCGGGUCGCACGAGCUGGGGCAGGACUACGAACACGUUACCAUGUUGCAGGAGCGUUUCCGUGAGUUCGCUCGGGACACUGGGAACAUCGGUCAGGAGCGCGUGGAUAGCGUCAACCGUAUGGCGGACGAGCUGAUCAACGCCGGGCACGGCGACGCAGCGACUGUGGCAGAGUGGAAGGACGGGCUGAACGAAGCGUGGGCCGACCUGCUGGAGCUCAUCGACACCAGGACGCAGAUCCUCGCCGCCUCCUUCGAGCUCCACAAGUUUUACCACGAUGGGAAAGAGAUCCUGGUGCGCAUAAUGGACAAACAGAAGAAGCUGCCGGAGGAGGUCGGCCGCGACCAGAACACCGUAGAGACGCUGCAGAGGAUGCACACGACCUUCGAACACGACAUCCAGGCCCUGGGAACACAGGUGAGGCAGCUGCAGGACGACGCGGUCCGCCUCCAGUCGGCGUACGCGGGCGAUAAAGCGGACGACAUCCAGCGCAGGGAGAGCGAGGUGCUGGAGGCCUGGAGGAGUCUGCUGGAGGCCUGCGACGGACGCAGAGUCCGCCUGUUGGACACCGGGGACAAGUUCCGGUUCUUCAGCAUGGUGCGGGACCUGAUGCUGUGGAUGGACGACGUCAUCCGGCUCAUCGAGGCCCAGGAGAACCCAAGAGAUGUGUCCUCCGUGGAGCUACUGAUGAACAACCAUCAGGGCAUCAAGGCCGAGAUCGACGCCCGAAAUGACAGCUUCACUGCCUGCAUCGAGCUCGGGAAGGCCCUGCUGGCGAGGAAACACUACGCAUCAGAGGAGAUUAAGGAGAAGCUGCUGCAGUUGACGGACAAAAGGAAAGAGAUGAUCGAUAAAUGGGAGGACCGGUGGGAGUGGCUGCGACUCAUUCUGGAGGUGCACCAGUUCUCGCGGGACGCCGGCGUGGCCGAGGCGUGGCUGCUGGGCCAGGAGCCGUACCUGUCCAGCAGGGAGAUGGGGCAGAGCGUGGACGAGGUGGAGAAGCUCAUCAAACGCCACGAGGCCUUCGAGAAGUCGGCCGCCACCUGGGAGGAACGCUUCUCCGCUCUGGAGCGGCUGACCACGUUGGAGCUGCUGGAGGUGCGCAGGCUGCAGGAGGAGGAGGAGAGGAUGAGGAGGCCUCCGUCUCCAGAGCCGCUCGUGGUCCAGCAGCAGGAGUCUCAGCAGCCGAGCGUCACGCAGAACGGACUCCCCUCCGACCCCGACUCCCCCCGGGUCAGUACUCCGAUCUGGAGUUAUUUAUUUCACUCAGAGUAGUUUUAUUUACAACUUCAGUUAAUAAUAAUAAUAAC